AUGACCAUAUGGCACAUACCGCUUGCUACGGUUGAACUCUCUCGGGAAGGAGCUGGUCUAGGCAAGUGGUUCUACAUUGCCGCCCCGCACACGUUUCUCUCUCGGGCACUUUGUCGCCUCUCUCUCAAGGGCUCUGAGCUGCAGGCCCAUCAAUGGUCUGCAGACCACAACGUCACCUGCCAGUCUUUUAGCUGGUCACUUGAGACCCGCUAUGUGCGCAGUGGCACUGUGCAGUGUGCAUACCCUGGCGUGCUAGCAGCCUGGCACUGGGAGGCAAAAGCUCCGCAGCGGAGCAACCCGAGAGACAUGCGGCGCAUCGGCAGUCAAAAUACGGGAUUGGUGGACGGUCUCUUGCACACGCACCGCCCUCGUCUUUGCCUCCUGCGAGUGGUCUGCGGCGAGGUCUAUUCCGCACGUUUCUACCUGAUACCCAAAAUCCCCCCCCCUCUCCUUGUUCGUACGCUACCGCUGGGGUGCACCAGAUUGGCACCAGACUUUUUCUCCCUGGACAUUCGCACGAUGAUGCAGUAUGCAUCGAACCCUGGCCCCGCGCCGAAUUUGUCGGUUUGAUCGGCAAUUAUUUCUUUUGGACGGUUUUUCAGAGUAAAUCUCUUUUUUUUCAAAAAGAAAAAAUAGAUUUGGUAAAACUGGCUAGGUAUGGGAUGGCUUGGUCUGCCUGACCCCUACGCGGGAAUAGAUAGCCAGGAGGAUCUUCAAUUAUUCUCCUUCGAAGACAUGCUCGCUGUACAAAUGCACCUUGGAUUUGGGGAAUAUAGUCAAAAAAUGCGGAUCGAGCAGCAGCUACUGAGUAUCGGAAGCUGGGACAUUUGAUCAUCGUCGUAGGAAUCAAAGAAUCAUUCAAGGAAUAGAUGGGAUUCAUGGUAAUCUUUCUCGAGCAAAUAUGGUAUUGAGAGGAAUAAUAC